CACUCAUAGCGUACGCACGUCUAUAACAUUAAAAAGUCAGUGCUUCUCAAAGUUUCGCGUCAUGUUCUCGUGUGCUAGUUGUAGUGAAAACCAUACUGAUGGUCCAUGUUGUAGUGUUUGCAAACAACGCUACGAUUUUGCGUGCUCCGGAAUUACUGAGGCUGGGUAUCGCAAACUGGGAGAGAGAAAAAGUACCUGGCGUUGUCUCAGAUGCAAGUCGAGCCUGUCUCCGUCACCUGUGCCGUCUUCACCUCAGACAAACCAACUCGAUAGAAUGCAGCAACAACUUAGCAAUAUUUUAAUGCAGCUGACACAACUGGCGCCGUUAAUAGAAGACGUUAAAUUUAUUCGUGAAGAAGUUAACAAUCUUAAAGAUUCUCAAGAGACGGUUCAUCAGCUCCUUACCACAGUAUCUGAUAAAGUAAACAGCCUGGAAUCUAGGGUAAUUAAGGUCGAAAAGAUUGCUCAUGAAGUACCUAUUUUACAAGCCGAAAUAUCCAAAAUGCGAGAUGAACUUGAAACCCGAGAUCAAUGGUCUAGAUCCAACAACAUUGAAGUAAGAGGUAUACCGCAAAAGAAUAAUGAGAAUCUCUUUGAUAUUGCUUUGAAGAUAGGGCAACUUUGUGACUUCCCAAUAAAAAAGGAUCAUAUUAACUAUAUCGCCCGAAUUCCAACUCGUUCACCUAACAAGGAAAAACCAAUAAUCAUAGCACUUCACAACCGAUACUUUAAAGAGGAAUUAGUCGCUUUAUCUCGCAAGUCGGACAAAUUGAAACUGGAGAAUCUCGGCUUUACCUCCUCCGGCAAAGUUUACCUGAACGAUCAUUUGACGCAGCGCAACAAAUCACUUCUGAACAAAGCAAAAUCGAUGGCCAAAGAAAGAAACUUCAAAUACGUCUGGGUCAAACACAGCAAAAUAAUGGUGCGAAAAUCGGAUACAUCCCCAAUCCUUUUUAUAAAAAACGAGAACGAUCUCAAAAAAAUAGAAUAGUAGUUAUUUUUAUACUCUUAGUUUCAAUAUAUUAUUGUAUCUCAAUUUCAUUUCACACUUUAAAAAUUUACAGUUUGGGAAACGCUAGCAAAACCAGUUGCUUCUAUCCUGCUCGUCGCCUCGCAAAUAUUAUUGGAACAUACACCGUAUUUACAUGCGUAAGUUUGUCACUUGAUAAGUCAAUUGCGUCGGCGCUGCAUAGCACGCUCAUUACGUUAGUGUCUAUAUUUGCGAGCGCAGUGUAUGACGUAUCUCGCUCGAAUUCAUUUACAAUGCAAUCUUCCGUUGCAAAUACCGAUUUGUAUACCCACAUUAAAAUAAAUUAUUUAAAAAGUGAAAUUAAAUUUACAAUGUCGUUAACUAUGUUUUUGAAUUUCUUAAAAUUCUGCAAAGGUUUGUACAAACAUUUAAUAUUUGUUAUUUACAUUAGAAUUAAGUGCUACGAGUUAAAGAAAACCAUGAAGAUUAUAAAAUAUGCACAAUCUUGUCUUCUUGUUGCACAGUUAUUCGUGACAUAUUACUACUCAGUGAUUUGGUUACUACGUCAUUUUAUUUAUUGUACAACGGCAAAAUCUCAUAGAUUAAUGAAUAGCACGAUUAAAACUGUAUGUCUACGGUGCUUUCAUGUGAAUGUUACGGCUCUGAUGUGUACAAGAUGUUAUCAUCAGCUGUUCGGUCUCGUUAACAACAUUAAUCAAUAUCACACUAAGAUCUGGAAAUCCCUCAAAUUAUACAUUUUACAUUUUCAAACGUUUUAUUGCAUUAUUUUAUUGCUGUAUUCUUGCUACAGUCAACAAACUAAAGUGGAGGCAAUUGUUAUAAUAUCUGAAGUUAUUUUAUUUUUACAUAAUGAACUAUCGUCUACAUGUGCUAUAUUGUACACAAUAUUACUACAACUCAAUGAGAUUGUAUGUCCGUUUCGUGUUUUAUACAAUAUAAAGUAUUAUAUUAGCUAUUCUUUUAUAAUGUAUCCCUCUCAGCUGGUGCUUUAUAAAUACUUGUUGUCAGGUUCAGACCCCUUAGACAAAAUACAUUUAUUAAUAAAAUAUUUUAUUAUAACUUCAUCUAGAUAUAAAUGCUGUUAUUUUACUAUAGUUGUAAUAGAAGCACUGCAAUCA